AUGAUUAAAAGUUUCUCAAACAUGCCAAAAAUCAGAACUUUUGUAAUUGGAUGCGGAAUGACGAAGUUUGAAAAGCCGGGAAGGCGAGAGAACUUUGACUAUCCUGAUAUGGCUAAAGAGGCCGUUACGAAAGCAUUGAAAGAUGCUAAAAUCGAUUAUAAGGAGGUCAAACAAGCAACUGUUGGAUUUUGCUAUGGCGAGUCAUGCUCUGGCCAACGAGCUCUUUAUCAAAUGGGUAUGACAGGCAUUCCAAUCUACAAUGUCAACAAUAACUGCUCAACUGGUGCAUCUGCACUUUUCUUAGCCAAGCAGUUAAUUGAAACUGGAAACAAUGACUGUGUUCUUGCACUUGGAUUUGAAAAGAUGGAAAGAGGAUCAUUAGGAACUAAGUGGAAUGAUAGAACAGUUCCAUUAGAUAAGCAUUUCGAACAAAUGGUUGAAUUGGAAGGAUUUACAUCAGCUCCACCGGCAUCACAACUUUUUGGUAAUGCUGGGGAAGAGCAUAUGAAGAAAUAUGGAUCAAAGCCUGAACAUUUCGCGAAAAUCGCUUACAAAAAUCACAAACAUUCUGUCAACAAUCCAUACUCACAGUUCCAAGAUGAGUAUACUUUGGAACAGAUCCAAAACUCAACACAAGUGCAUCGAGUACUCACAAAACUUCAAUGCUGUCCAACUUCCGAUGGCUCAGCAUGUUGCAUUGUUGCCAACGAAGAUUUUGUUCGUAAACACAAGCUUGAAUCACAAGCAGUUGAAAUUGUUGCAAUGGAAAUGAAUACUGAUUUCGAGUCAUCAUUGAACGAAAAGAGCAGCAUCAAAUUAGUCGGAUAUGAUAUAACAAAGGCAGCAGCAAAAAAAGUGUUUGCUCAGACAAAUUAUAAGCCACAAGAUGUUGAUGUUGUUGAACUUCAUGAUUGUUUUUCAGCUAAUGAAUUGAUUACUUAUGAGGCACUUGGCUUGUGUCCUGAAGGAAAGGCUCAUGAAAUGAUUGACCGCGGUGACAAUACUUAUGGCGGUAAAUACGUCAUCAAUCCAAGUGGUGGUCUCAUCUCUAAAGGACAUCCACUUGGAGCAACAGGUCUUGCUCAAUGUUCUGAAUUAUGCUGGCAAUUAAGAGGUGAAGCUGACAAGCGUCAAGUUCAGAACUGCAAAUUGGCACUUCAACAUAAUCUUGGUCUUGGUGGUGCUGUUGUUAUUUCACUUUACCGUUUAGGUUUCCCAGAAGCCAACAAAGCAAAGUCAAAGUUGUAA